AUUUUCAUUUUGGGUUUAUAGUCCACAUUGGUUAUGAAGUUACAAAAAAUACAAAUUAUUGAUCAGCAGCAAGUUAUUGUGAUUGAACAUCCAUAGUCAAAGUAUAUUUAUAGAUAGCUGACAGUCUUUACCGAAUAAGAUUUUUAAUCUUUAGUUUUGUACAAAGAAAAAAAGAGAUUUAAGUCAAAGAGAUGAUUUAUUUAUUAAGAUCGGAUUUAUUACUGUUGACGAAAAAUAGCAGUGAUUUUAAUUUUCAUUUAAGUAGAUGCGCUAUUUUCAUUGGUUGUAAAAUGUGUGCGAUUAUUGCUUAUGUUUGGAAAUGAGUGAAUUGCAUUUUAAUGGGAAAAUAAAUCUUAAAUACUGUAACAGCCUCUUCCAGGCGUUCAGUUAGUUGGGGCUUAGCGCGAAAAACAGUGCGCGAAAACAUUAAAAAAAAAGCGCGGCUAGAGGAAGCGGGAUUUUUUGUAUUUUUUCGCGCGCUGUUUUUCGCGCUGCGCCCCAACUAACUGAACGCCUGGAAGAGGCUAAUACUGUAAUAAUUUAAAUGUGUGUUGAAUACGAAAACUACAGAAAACACUUCUGCGUGUGGAGGUGAAUAAAAUUAGUCUAGCUACAUUGGUUCAUUCGGUUUCUCAAAGUAUGAGGGUGAGUUGGAAUAGCCAUAAGGGUACCUAAUCAAAUUGCAACAUGAGAUUGCGAGUACUUUUAAGCUUUCACUUUGUUGCUGAGCUAAAAUUGUUAUUUGAAAUGCACAUAAUCUUUAAAGAAUACCCUGCCUUAGACUUAAAUUGAUAGUCUUGUAUACUUUGUCACGUUCGAUCCAAUUCGUGACGGCUUAUGCCUCGUUUGCCUCGAAGAGUGACGUGACAUGAUGGGUACCCUUUCCUUCUCCAUACUUAACCUUGGGUUGAAUACUUCGUAAUUUAUUUAUAGUUAAGAGUGCUGUCCUCCGACGACACCGGAAAGUUGUUGUUUAGUGUGAUGUAAGUAGUUACUCUCUUAUUUAUUGAGCGGGUUGUAAAUUCCAUUAAAAGAACCGAAGGCGAUGGAGAACUAUCAGAACUAUUGCAUCAAUUGGUGUCUUUAGUCGUUACAAGUAGAAAUCAGGGUGCUUUCCGUGAACUUGUCGCAAACAAACCGGAUAAUUUGUUACCAGUCCUGCAUUGGUCAGGUACGCGACGGGGAGGAAUUUCUGUUCCUAUUUCAAGUUUUAAUUUAAAACCACCGCUAAAAUUGGUGGCCUACAGUAUCCCAGACGCUAUCCACGAUCUGCAAACUUACUAUGAUGAAAGCAGUUAUUUUUAUCCUUUAGCUCAGGAACAGGGGGUAAUACAAAUGGGCCAAACGUAUGCGUUGCGUGACUCACGCGCGCCGUGUACUUCGUGUUCACUUCGUGUUUACUUCGUGUUUACUUCGUGUGUACUUCGUGUUUGGCGGGAAACGCAAUCCACUGGGUUCCAUAGCAAUUGAAGAUGGCGGCAAUGUUAGGAUUGUUGGACCUGCUGGUCGAUUUCUCUGGUUAGCUCGAAAACGGAAGUCCAAAAAAAAGCGAUAGGGAUGAACGGGGCUGUAAUUUCCAACACCCCAAUAGCUAUUGACUUCUGGAGGUUGAGGCACUGCCAGCACUCGAGAGUUUUCUUUCUUUCUCACAUGCACGCGGACCACACGGUCGGUCUGACAUCUUCAUGGAAUACGUACAAAAUUUACUGCUCAGAGGUUACAAGGAAGCUCGUAAUUGCUAAACUUGGAGUUAACAGCGACCUCGUCGUUGGUCUUCCCUUAGAUGAAUGCGUUGUCAUAAAUCUGGAUGAAGCUGGAAAGGAAACCAUGACUGUAACGCUUAUUGACGCCAACCACUGCCCUGGUUCCGUCAUGUUCAUUUUCGAAGGAUAUUUUGGGAAAAUUCUCUACACCGGCGAUUUCCGUUAUUGUGAACGUUUCACAGCACACUCUACUAUGAAGGGGAAACAAUUUGACGUCCUUUAUUUGGACAAUACUUACUGCGAUGCGAAGUGCGCUUUUCCCACCCGUACUCAAGCAACUGUCAACAUUCUCGAGAUAAUUCGAGGACAUCCAGAAUGCAAAGUUGUCAUUGGGCUUCAUAACCUUGGCAAAGAAAUGCUUCUUCAUACAAUCGCUGUCGUGUUCAAAACUUGGAUUGGAGUGGAUCCUUUGAGAAAAGAAACACUGAAACUUCUUGAAAUGCCAAAUGUGUUUACCUGUGAUGUGGAUAAAGUAAGGAUUCGGGUAGUAAAAAGUCAUGAAAUCACCAAGAAAAACCUUCAGUUUUGGAACUCCCAAGAACCAACCGUUGCAAUAUUGCCGACAUGUCUCUAUGUUGGAGCAACAAACCCCUAUGCCAAUGUGGAGAAUGUUUUUGUUGUUCCCUACUCGGAUCAUAGUUCUUUUGAAGAGUUAAGAAAGUUUGUUCAGAAUGUCAAGCCAAGGAAGAUUAUUCCCAUUGUGCAUAAACACAGACUAUCGCCAGGUGACACCAUAAACAGUAGAGUGAAUAUGAAUGUUUUCCAAGAUCUGAUGGAUUCUUCCCCAUCAUCAGAAUUUACAGUCCCUCAUUCUGUAACAUGUUUCAUGACGGGAGAAAUACAGCAAGACAGAAAGAAAAGAGUGAAAGCAACAGGACAGAAUUGCUUAAAAAAACCUGCUAAGGUCAAGAGACCACGUGGGAUCAUCUUUCCCCCAACCCCAAAAAAAGCAGAAAGAAAACACUUCUGCGUGUGGAGCGACCUCGUCGUUGGUCUUCCCUUAGAUGAAUGCGUUGUCAUAAAUCUGGAUGAAGCUGGAAAGGAAACCAUGACUGUAACGCUUAUUGACGCCAACCACUGCCCUGGUUCCGUCAUGUUCAUUUUCGAAGGAUAUUUUGGGAAAAUUCUCUACACCGGCGAUUUCCGUUAUUGUGAACGUUUCACAGCACACUCUACUAUGAAGGGGAAACAAUUUGACGUCCUUUAUUUGGACAAUACUUACUGCGAUGCGAAGUGCGCUUUUCCCACCCGUACUCAAGCAACUGUCAACAUUCUCGAGAUAAUUCGAGGACAUCCAGAAUGCAAAGUUGUCAUUGGGCUUCAUAACCUUGGCAAAGAAAUGCUUCUUCAUACAAUCGCUGUCGUGUUCAAAACUUGGAUUGGAGUGGAUCCUUUGAGAAAAGAAACACUGAAACUUCUUGAAAUGCCAAAUGUGUUUACCUGUGAUGUGGAUAAAGUAAGGAUUCGGGUAGUAAAAAGUCAUGAAAUCACCAAGAAAAACCUUCAGUUUUGGAACUCCCAAGAACCAACCGUUGCAAUAUUGCCGACAUGUCUCUAUGUUGGAGCAACAAACCCCUAUGCCAAUGUGGAGAAUGUUUUUGUUGUUCCCUACUCGGAUCAUAGUUCUUUUGAAGAGUUAAGAAAGUUUGUUCAGAAUGUCAAGCCAAGGAAGAUUAUUCCCAUUGUGCAUAAACACAGACUAUCGCCAGGUGACACCAUAAACAGUAGAGUGAAUAUGAAUGUUUUCCAAGAUCUGAUGGAUUCUUCCCCAUCAUCAGAAUUUACAGUCCCUCAUUCUGUAACAUGUUUCAUGACGGGAGAAAUACAGCAAGACAGAAAGAAAAGAGUGAAAGCAACAGGACAGAAUUGCUUAAAAAAACCUGCUAAGGUCAAGAGACCACGUGGGGUCAUCUUUCCCCCAACCCCAAAAAAAGCAGAAAUGAGUGGGGACAAACAUGACUUAGAAAUCAAAGAAUCUGAUGGGAACAUACCAGAACAGGGGAUCACAGAAAUUGGACAGAAUGUUGGCACUCUUUCUUCCAGUAAGUGCAGUUUUGCAGAUGUUGAAUCUAGCAAAAAAGUUAAGGUGGAUAAAGAUCCAGAUGAAGGAAUCAGGGGGGAUGAAAUGAAUUCAUCUGCCUACUUUGCAGACAGUGACUCUGGUGGAAAUUCGGUCCCAUAUUUUACUUCAGGUGAAGAAGAUCAUGAUAUGUUGCAACAGAGCAUUGGCAGUAAAAUAAAGAAGGUGGAUUCUACAUCCAUUGCAUCUGGCUUGGUGGACAGUGAAUCGGGAAAAAAACCAAGUGUGGGUGAUGUUUCAGGUGAUAAACAUUUUCAAGAGAACAGUGUGGUGUGUGAGAUCACAGGAAUUAAAAUAGAUUCAGUUGCCUCUUCAUCCAAAAGUGGCUUGAUAGGCAGUGAAUCAGGAGAAACAUCAAAGGCACUUAAUUGCAAAGGUGACAAAGAUUUUCAAGAGAACAGCAUGGUGCAUGAGAUCACGGGAGAUGAAAUAAAUUCAGUUCCUUCUUUGUCCAAAAGUGGCUUGACAGGCUGUGAAUCAGUAGAAACAUCAAAGGUACUUAACUGUGAAGGUGAUAAAGAACCUGAUAUGGCAGAGACAACCAUAGGAGGCAAGGAAGAUGCAGUUGCUUCAUCUAUCAAAACCAAGAACAUGUGUGACAGGAUUAUGAACUCUCCAAAAGGAAAUAUUUCCAGCAGAGAUGCUACAGGCGAUAAAGCAACUUGUGUCAAAGUCAAGGAUCUGUACAACAAUGUGAUUGUCCCAGUAGAGAAUCUUUCCUUGAAAAGAAAGUACAGAGAGCUCACUGACCAAAAUGAUAAGAACAGUGUCGAUAGUGUUAACAAGGGUAGUUUGAGCAAGAAGAAAUUCAAUAUUUAUACUGGACGCUCAUGUGAUUUUGCACGGAAAUAUUUGGCAGACAUGGUGAAAAAUGCUGCUUUUAGAGACAAAUGAGUGUGUUUAUUUUGGGUACCAGUUACCUUGAACAUUUCCUUAUAUUAGAUUUUUUUGAUAACUAAAUGUUGCUGUAAGUGCAAAAUACUAACAUCCAUCCAAAUGGAUA